GUAUGUUUAUGUGUAUUAAUCUAAUGCUUAGGAGGGAAUAGCAUUUUGUUGGAGGGAAUAGUAUUUUAUAUUACACGAUGCACACAUCAGUGCUGAUUGCAUAUAAAAUACAGGGUACUCUUACUCAUUUGUGCAUAGGAUCGUAUCUCGUGUUUAUGAAGAGGAACUUGCUUUACUCUCGAUAGUUAGUCAGCAGCUCAGCUCAACAUUUAUUUCCCACAAGUCUCAUCCCUUUAGAAACUUCCCAGUGUUCAGACAGUGCUAAAUUGCUUGCAUAAAUGUGGAUCUCUCUCAGACGAUGUGCCAUACCGUUGGAUAUUAUUUGCCAUACGCACUGUUGCUUCAAACUCUAGAAGUUCAUUGGAUUCUCAUACUAUUAUUGAACAAAGACUGCUGUUUGUGAAUUCAUCUAUAGAGAAUAAUUGUGGAUAUUUUGUGAUCCAGUUAUAAUUGUUUGUGAAUAGCAUUCAUCUGAUUGAGUUUAAUGGUCGGAGUACCUCUAGAAUGUGUGUACUGAAGCAGAAGAGGGUGAACUGAUGAUGUCAUUCUAUUGGAGGUGAAUGCAGGAGGAGAAAUCAGAAAAACAAGAUGACAUUAGUGGUGUUUCCAGAAGGGAGUCAGCAGCCCUCCACUUCAGGACAUCAAUGUAGAUCUGGAGGAAACAGAAUGGCUGGUGCAGGACAGUCUUCAAAGCCAGAGAUGUACAGCAGGGCUGUACAGACAGGCUUUCCGCACACCCCUGAAAAUGCCAAUUUGCAGCAAACACACCAACAGCUGCCCAUCUGUGUUUGUGGCCAGGCUGACGAGAACUGUUGGUGUGAGAGCCUUGGGUUCUUGAAGGACCAGGAGUUAUGCAGGGUUGUCUUACAGAAAGGAUGUCCAAGGUCAAGGGUUGCCCUCCUGCUGAGCAUGCAUGAAGAGUUCUGCAAAUCGGCCAGGGGAGAUCCUAUCAUCAAUACAAGGAGACGAGGAAGUGCCCAUGGAGAUAUUAGGGUGAGGCGUUCUAAAGCUGCACCUCCACCAACACUGCCACGUCCAAGAGCUCAAAGCGUGAUUGUACAAAAUACAAGAGCUGCCAAUCGGCUCAAUGAAGUAAACACCAAAAGAUGUCCUCAAGUAUCUGUAAAGCCAAAGAAAUCAGUAGAUCCUAAUCAACAAGGACAACCUCAUGGAAAAGGAAAGUGUGGUAACAAAGUCCUAACUAAGAAGGAUCAGCAGUGUACAAAAGAGAAAAAGUGCCUUGAAAGAAAUGUAUUGUCCAAUGGCCCUGCAUCAAAAGAGGAGAGCAGUUCAGCUGAAGAGGGAAGUCACUUGGACCAAACUAGCUAUGUGUCCAAGGCAUGGCUGUUAUUUACAGGAUGUGAAAAGGGGAAGAAAUCCAAAGAAUCUGAAGUAUCAAAACCUGAAGCGUUGUGUGAUAAAAAUCUCAACAGUGAAGAAGUUCCUGUCAAUAAGGCAUCAAAGAACCAAUCAGCUCGUCUUGAAGGAUCAUUACAAAGUGAUAAAAAAGAUGAAGAAAAGAUUAAUAGGAUAACAGGUCUUAGUGUUAGCUCAAAGAGAAAAGUAACAAACAAAGAUGAAUCAACUCCAAUGUCAUCUGAAAGCUCAAAUAAAAAUGCCAACCAUUUGAAAGUCAGAAAAUCAGACGAGUCACUUCAAACAUCUGCAAUAUUCAGAAGUGACAAAGAGCAAAGAGUUGGAAAGUCUGAUAUUAGCGAUGAAUGUGACCGCACUGCCCUCCUGGAUAGAGUAACAAUACCCCAAGAUGAAGUGGAGAGUGCCACCUGUGGUGCAUGCCGUCUUGAUCCACAAGAUAGUAUCAUGGACCAGGAACUAUCAAUACUUAUUUCUUUACCUCAAGAAUCUAGGGUGAUCUUGAAAGACAGAGGUGUAAAUGACUUGGACCAGAACUCUGAUUUAGCUGGCAGUGAAGUGAAUGAAAGGUUAAAAGACAAUGAGCAUCUGAAUGAGACCUUGGCAAUAUCUGUUCUCACAGUUGACCGUGUGUCUUGUCAGGAUAAAGAAAUAGGCAAUGAUGUGUCUGAUUGUGAAUCAAGACUUGGUACAAGUCACGAUGUUAUGGUAAAAGAUAAGUCAGAGUCGGGGGAUGGCAUGACCAGAACAGAAAUAGAAAAUUUCUCUCUUUCAGUGGCCUCUAGUUCAUCCUGUACAUUCAAGGAGGAUGAUUGCAAUAUUGAAUCAAGGCAAAUCAACAACUCUCAAGAAAUGGGAUCUUCUCUGCUCAAAAUUGCACAAGAAAAACCAUGUUCUGAAUCUACUUUGCAGGUCGAGGAUGAUUCUUUACUUGGGGCAUGUGCAAUUUUGAAAAAGGACCAAUCUGUUUGCAAUAAAUGUAACUCUUCGGAAGGAAAUGGAAUUGCCAAAACAUCCUCUGAAAACAAAGUUGUUAGUUGUCACUCACCUACUUGGGAAGAGGAAUUCCCUGUCUUACCAUCUAUCGACAUUGAUGAAGCUGAAAAGCUAACUUUAAACCAACAACCUCCCAUCUCUGACAUUCAGUCAUGCGAAGCCUCAAGGCAGGUUGUUAAGUCUGCUGCCGACAUUGAUGCAGAGCAUCAUAUAAAAGUAGAUUUCAAUGUGAAGCAGGAUGAGAAUAAAAGAGUGAAGAAGGAUGAUGUAAUCAUGAAGCAAGGCACUAAGAAUUUACAUCAGAAAGUUAGCAGAAGCUCAGAGAAUGAAAAAAUAAAAGAACGAAAACACCAGAGAAUAAUGAACCCUCGCAAGGUUGGCAUGUUGAAAUAUCUCAUUUGCCAAAGCCCCCUCAUCCUAAGUGAAUUGAAUGACAGUGACUUUGAAGAUUCAGAUAGUGAAUCUGAAGAUUUGUCCUAUAACCAGGAAGAUCGAUUUGCCACUUUGCCCGUCGAGAUUGUUCUCAAAAUUGUUAGGGAACUUUGCACGCGUGAUCUCGCCCAACUCAAGGUCACUUGCAAGAACUUUUACUGGCUGAUCAAGAAGUACAACAUUGUUGGAGUUGACUCAAGGUGGGUUGAGAAUGGUGCAUAUCGUGACGACCCAUGUAUGAAGUGCGGUAAGGUGAGGGACAGACGGGGUGAUGUGUCAUUGUGCUAUUUUCAUCCCAAGUACUACUACAGAACAGGGAAUGGAAGACAUCACUGGACAUGUUGCCUGAACACCAGCAGGGAUGCUCCAGGAUGCGUUGAAGGUCUCCAUGAUAACCAAUGGACAACAUCUAAGGUAAUGAAGAGAAGCAUCCCUAGACAGUGGAGUUUCAACAUGUGGCAUCUCUGUCCUCAUAAGGAUAACAUGGAUCCAUAAAGGUACUGUCUUUAGGUUGCUGGUUACACACCUAUCUGUUUGGAACUAAAGUCCUAUAACACAAAGCUAUGACUGAUUGUACAGUUGAUUUGAAGGAUUGAUUUCUUGUAAUGACGAAUACAACCUGGUACAAAAUCAAGUCUAUGAUCAGUUGCUGAACUUUGUGUUACAGGGCCGAGAAAGAAUUUUGACUCUUGUAUACAGGUGUUCUUUCCAUUGUGUUCCCAACAGAUAAUAUCUGCUAAAGAUUGAAGGGCAAUACUUGAUCCUAAGUUUGGUGUAGAUGUUGGUGUUAAGAGUAAAUCGGAUUACCUAACCUGGUGUUCAACACUGAAUGUGUAUUUGCCGAAAUUACACCAAUCACAUAAUUGAUAGUUUAACACCAAGUGAUGUAGGUCUUAGCAUCAGCUUCAUCUAAAGACCAGUGCUUUGACUGGUGUAAAAUUCAACCCAACUCUUACACCAGCUAUCGAUGCAAAAGUAAACACCACCAAAUGAUUAUUUCAUCUCCUUAAUGUUGAGUCAAAUAUUGCCUUUGUAGUUUUGAGCAGCAAGCACUAUCUACUUACAUAGCUCUAUCAACAUACUUUCAGGUCGUCACAUGGCCAUGUCAACUAACCUCUCAGGGAAACUUGAGAUUUAACCCUAUAUUGUCACAAAUUGAUAACAUAUUGAAUUGUAUUUAAAAUACAGAAGAAUUUUAUACAAUGACAAACUAGUUCAGCCAUUUUCAACUUCUGUUUCCAUGAUGAUAUAUUAUACUGCCCUCAAUGUCCAUUUAUAGGUCUUUCUCUUUGUCGUGUGAGUCUGUUUAUAUUAUUUUUUUUAAUUGUGUAAUUUACACUACACAAGCCCAUUUGACAUGCCAUAUUGCCUUUUAUAUACCAACUCAUAUGUUAUGUGUGUAUGUUUCUUUUUUAACAUACAGUACAUGUACCUAUAGCUGUAAUGAUUUGUAACACUUUGAGAAAUCCCUCUGGAUUUAUUGUAAUUGUAUACAUGUAGGAAGUAUGUACAUGUAAUACUAGGUUUUACUGUUAAUUUGUUCUUGAGUGUGUACAUAUGAAAGUAAGGGAUUUUGUUGUGUAUCAAUGAAACCAACUGGUAGAACACAUGUCCAUAUCUUUGUUGAUAUGAUGCAAACACCAUGAGAGAAACACAAUCACAUACUAUGUCAUGUCUUAAGGGGAAACCAUGAAUGGGAUUAUAAAAUGAUAAUCAAUGAAUCACAAUAUAGCCUUGAAAUAUGCACAAGUUUUCCUAAAUAAAACACAUGCUCAUCUUUCCUGUGAACAUACUUUUUCCCUGUAUAUGAUUUGUCAUUAUCUGCAAAACAGGAUCCCCUUGUCAAAGCAUUCAUGGUAAUUUUCCACUUUGCUGAGUUAACUUUUGCAGUACUUACAGAGCUCUCCAAAACCUGGUUUGUUUCCCUGCAAUGUAUCCUGUAUUAAAUAGGAGCUCAAUGUAGACCCAAGCUAUUUCCUUCAGUCAUAAAACCCAUGACUAAUUCAUGUAGAAGUCAACUAGGGGGUGGUUUCAUUAAGCUGUUGAUGAAAAUUAUCCAUGACUUUACGAUUGACUGGACUAUGACAGCCUUGAUACAAGUUCAUUUAAAGUUACAUUGUAAAGUUCAAAUAUAUAAAUAUUGCAGAUAAUUUGAAUUAAAUGUGGGUACUGUUUCAGAAUACAUGUAACAUCAGUGUUAAAUUCUUCCAUCAACUAUGCAACACAGGAGCAGUGUAAACAUUGAAUUUUGAGAUUUUUUUUCUUGUGUUCUAGGAUUGACUAGCAGCAAAAUCUGUAAUUGUUUUUAACAAUCCAAUAAUAAAAGUAAUUGUAAAUUCAUGCAGCAUGAUUGGAGCAUAAUAAUAAACAUCAUACACAUAGCCACAGUAUACAGAUAGUAAUUCAUAAAAAUGAUGUAGAUCUUUUUUUUAAGUAAAGUAUUCCAUGCUUGUGUGGCAUUCCCUUAUUAGGAUUCCAUUUUCAACAUUAAUAUUUUGUUUCAUUUAUUUUCAAAUUGAUCCCCAAACAAAUGGAAUUGCCAUGUUAUAAUAAACCUCUCAAGAAUUUUGCAAAGAAAGAAUGAAGCAACCAGUCUUCUCAUGAAAUCAGUAUUGGAUUUAUAUUUAGUCUUCUCCUUGAAUCAGUAUUGGAUUUAUAUUUAGCCAAGGUUAUUUACAUUUGGUAAUCUGAUCUCAAAACGUAAGAAGGCCUCUAUACCAAACCCCAAUCUUUACCAGUAUAGCAGCAACGACCUUCAUAAAAUGUCAUGACAGCCAAUUUAUCUUUCUUUCUAACAGAAUGCCACAUUUUCAAUAACAUUAAAUUACAUUUAUGAUUGCCUACGAAUUGGCAGUUUAAUUUGAUCUUUUUUCUUGAUCGCGAUAAUUCAAAUUAUGAACCAACUGAUUUCUAAUUUAGAAUUUAAAAUGAUUUUUAACUUGGAAGUAUUUCUUCUAGCUGUACCUGUAUUAAUUUAUAACAACCCUUGGCCAUUUUAAUUAAAUAUAUUAGCUUAUAUUAGGGUUUGUUCCCAUGGCCACACUCAUAAACUCUAAGUAAUUAUUUGUAACAAUUUUGUCCAUAGGAUCAUUUGUUGGCGUUUGCUAUAUGCAGUAGAUUCAUUGACAAGCCAAUUUAUUUUCAAUAUUUUUGAUAGCAGAUAUAACUUUUGUAAAUGUUGGUCACUGCUACAUGUAGCUGCUACUUAAUUUCAAAUAAAACUUGGCCUGCUUGUUUGUUUUUCUAUCUCAAAUAGCAUUGAUAUCAAAGUACCAUGGCAACCAGGCAGCCAAGCAUUCCGAAAUGUUAGGGUAUCCCUUUUGCAUUUUUUAGCCAAAUAAUUCAAUUGAGUCUCAUAUUCAUAAGGGUAAUUCCUUGACAUUUCAUAGAUAUUCUUGUUUCACACUUUUUGCCAAUAAGCUAUGAGUAUUUUUUUACAAAAUGUUUGUAUCCCCACACCCUGUUAAGAUAGGACGUACGUUAUAAAACCUAGUUCCACUGUACAUGAAUAUUUACAAACUACUAUGGUAAAUAUAAUUGCAUUAGCCCUGCUACAAUGUAAAAUAAUAAUAUGAUACUAAGGCCUAUAUAUUUUUCAGGUUUUUCACAUUCUCUAACACCAAUGCAGGGAGAGCUUUAGUGUUGUCAUCUUCAUUAUUUUCAAAAUAAUUGCCUUACAAAGAAAAAAAAGUCCAAAUCAUUCAUAAGCUGCCGUGACAUAUGGAGGCCCAUUAGUAUGCUCAUGAUCAGUGAUCAUCAACCUUUGGCAUAUAACAUAGUAUGGCAUGAGCUUGAGCCAAAGCCUUGUCUCCUUGCAUAAUUUAUCCUGCCAUUUCAUAUGAUGCAGAACUGUAAUAUAACAAGGCAUAUGAAUUGAGUUUAUAAAUCCAAGUUGAUUAUUGUGAGUAUAUCUCUCAACUACUAUCCAUGACCCCUAGAUCCAAAUGCCUAGUAUUCUCAUGGAAAAAAAACCAUGCCAAGUUUAAUGGGAAAAGCAGAGUUGAAAAAUAGACAGUUUGCUGUUUGUUGUUUGUCUAAAACUGUUACAAGGUUAGAUACAUUGUAUAUUGUGGAAGAAUCCGAUGGAUGUCGAGGGGGGGGGGGGCCACUUGAGAUUGUACACUGCUGAAACCAAGAGGGGGUGGCUUGAAAAUAUUUUCCAAUGUAUGAGCAUAAUUUUAAUUGAGAGUUUUCUUAUAUUGUAGCACCUUAAUUGUACAUCUUGAGGAGAGACAGAAUGUUGUAGCCCUAUUCAAAAUUAUCUUUUGGGAUGGAGGGUCAUACACUACAUACAAAAAUACAUUUGCAAGACCUGUACAUGUACAUACAUUUGUAGACGGAAAUCAACUCAGGAAAGCACCAACAAUUUAGGGGGGGGGGACAUUUUCAAUUUCAAUAGGACUGAAAAAAAAUGCCUGUGUGAAAUAAGUAAGCCUAACUUUUAUGAUUUCAUGCAUUAUGGAUUAUUAAGAUGAAAUGAAACAGUUUUAGAAUAUAUUUAAUUUCCCAAUUUCAUUUUAAUUAAAUGUGAGGCAAACAUACAUUGGUUGUGUAAAAGUAUUGUAACAGGUGCCAGCAUUUCUAUGUAGGCCUAUAGGACUUGUAUAUGUACAUGUAGUAUGAUUCUAAUCAGAGUACAUGUACAUCAUAUUUUCAUCAUAUAAAAAUUGCAUUUCCCUUGUUCAGGGUGCCUCUAGGAAGUUUUUGGAGGCUCGGCUCUAUAUUUAGGCAUUCAUAAAUCAGAGAUUAUAGCUGAGAGAUAUUUUGAGUCAAAUGUGGGUUUGUGAGGACUAUUGCUAAGAACACGGGAAAGCGAUCAAAAUUAGGUUUUCAUCCAUAUUUGGGUGUUAAAACAUAGUUGUUACAUUAUAGUACUAGUUACAUAUUAUCUUUGAGAAUUGUCUCGUUAUUUUUGUUGAUCAUUAUCUCACUAACAAUUCCCUGAUAAUGGUAUACAUAUUCAUACUUAAUAUACAUGUAUUCAUACUUAAUAUACCUGUAUUGUUAUAGGCUUGCAUACUUGUCUACAUUGUUUAACAAAACAAUGCUCACAUGUUGUAGCAUAUAUAAAAAAAUGAAAACAAACAUAUUUAUAAAUUAAUUUUCAAAUCCAACAAAAUUCAGCAUUGUAUACCCACUAUCAAAACUUUCAAACUUCUUCCAUCAAUAAGGUAUACAUGUAUAAUCCAUUUAUACAGAUGAUUUUAUGAUAUUUGUUAUAAGUUACUGAGACCCUUGCAUCUGAUCGGGUUAUUAAAGGUCAAGUCCACCUCAGAAAAAUGUUGAUUUAAAUCAAUAGAGAAAAAUCAG